CUUCGUGUAGUACAUGGCUUACUCUUCGCCCUUGGAAACGCAAAUCACCCCGAUUCCCAAAGACAAGCUGCGAUUACCCUGGAAGUAAGUUAAUUAAAGUUUUAACUUUUUGCUAAUUAUAGAUACUUAUUUUUGCGACCAACAAGGAAACUGGAGAUAAAGGAAUAUAUUUGCAUGAAGCUCAGUCCUGUUGUUAGGUUACGCGUGUAGUGCUAAUUCAUGCACUCGAAACGUCCAAGCGUUUUUUAAAAAAGAUUAAAAUUAAAUCAAAAUUUAAUUUUCCUAAAAGGAUUAAAUUCCUUUUCAAAUAUUGCAGAGACAACCAUGUCAACCGAAUUAUAAAGCGUUGACCGGACGUGAGGAAACAGGUUUCCUACCUGCUUUUGUUACUGAUUAUUGUAUUCUAAUUUGUAGUUUUUUGUUCGCUCCUUUCCGUUUGUCAACGAUAAAGUAAAAGAAGCUUUGGGCGAAACUUUUUAUGAAGAAUUUCUGGUGAGUUGACUUUAUUUUGCAAUACCAUAUAAAACGUUUAUUUUAUUUCUUCUAAUGCACUUAAUCUCUCUCCCAGAAAAAUCCCGAUGAUUUGUACGUGAAACUGACUUCUAUCCAAGCAGACGUUUUGUCAUCUAACAAAAUAAACAUUCCUGGAGGUAUAGAGCAUUUUAUUUUAAUAAAUAUGCAUGAUCAAAUUCAAAUUUGGUUGAGGUACUUCCCCUGCAUGGGUUUAAUCGAAUACUCGAUACCCUAUAUUUUCGUUUGUUCUAACCUUCUAAAACUAUUUCAAAUGCAUGCAGCAAGCAAUGAGAUCUCAGGACUGGCUGGAACUCCAGGUAUAUUGCAAUGUACGCCAUUUAAUUUCUGGAAGUAUAUAUCUCACAUUUAUGAUAGGAAUAUUCAUCUCACAGGGUUCGUAGCGGUCUUUGAAAUCCUUGAAAGUCUUUAAAUUGGAAUGCAGGUCUUUCAGGUCUUUGAAAAGUCUUCAAAUUGUGUGAAAAAGCGAAGAAAGUCUUUAAAAGCCUUUAAAUUCUUUAGUGAGGAAUUGAUUAUACGAUUUCCUAGCUAAUAAAAUAGAUUGAUUGAAUCAAGAUUUUCGGAAAUAUCGACGAAAAUGCGCAUUUUAGGAUGUGAUUUGACGCGACUAAUUACUGGGUAAAAAUGGUGCUUACACUCGCAAUUUUUCGACAGCUGAUUGCUCUCAAAGGUCUUUGAAAAGUCUUUGAAAAUAGGCAGAAAAAAUCUUUGAAAGUCUUUGAAUUUUUUUGGUCUUGGAGACUACGAACCCUGUCUCAUAGGCAUAGACUAACGUUUACAGUAUAGUUUGGGUAUAAUUGGUACAUCGAGCCCAUAUUGCUACUGUAGCUUGGCCUCAAAUAAACAUAUAUUCAAUUUGACAUUUUGUAUGCACAAUAGACAAACUCAUGGCCAUGCACCUUACUCCUUAGUCCCUGCCUCAUCCCCAGGUGCUACGAAACGAUUUCACAUACGACUGAUACGAGUCACUAUAUGAAAGGUUUGCAUGAACUAGUGCGUCAUUAUACUGUAGGCGCACAAACUAGGGGAUGGGAUAUGAGCGUUACCCCAUAACCCCUGCGCUUGUUCAUCGCGAUGCACUACUUCAUGUAUACCUUUUAUAUAAUAGUGACUCGUAUGUGAAAUCUUUUUAUAACACUGGGGACGAGGCAGCCUUAGUCUUCAAAGAAGUUGAAAACUAAUUAGGUAGAAUUUAUAUUCAUUGCAAAUAUAUCUUUUUACCAUGCGUCUUAGACACUGAAGUACAAGAAUAA